CACCCUGCUUGUGUUCGACGCAACGGGUAAGGAGAGAAGGACGCACUACACAGCCAGUCCUGGGAACCUCCUGGUCAGGAACCAGAGUGACGGGCAGCGCUCUGACCCCAACGGCGCCUGGAGACACCCCCCUGGCAACUCGGGUAGGUGGCUCAGAGCAGCAGCUGACUCAGCUCGGAGCCCAGAGCCAGUGGGGGCUAGUGGGAGCCAGGACUCCUGGGUUCUCUCCCCGGCUCGGGGAGGGGAAGAGGGCGAGAGCAGUAAUGAUUUCCUCUCCCACGGUGUCUUUGUGUUGCAGGUGGAUUCGGGGCAACCCUCCUGAUUUCUCUGCUGACCCGUUAUCUCUUCUCCUAGGCUGGGCAGGACCCCGGGGCCGCCCCGAGCCGCCGUCUCCCGCUAACCGCCCCGCGCCCGCCGAGGCACCAAGCAGGGGCAGGGCGGGGCGUCCCGGGCCAUGGGGCCGGAGCCCCUGCGGGACGAGGAGGAGGAGGACGGGGGCCCCCCCCCGCCGCAGCCGCUUCGUGAGGAAGGACGGGCACUGCAACGUGGAGUUCGUCAACCCGGGGGAGAGGAGCCAGCGGUACCUGGGCGACCUGUUCACCACCUGCGUGGACGCCCGCUGGCGCUGGCUGGCCCUGCUCUUCUCCCUGGCCUUCGUGCUCUCCUGGCCUGCUGGCUGGCGGCCGCCCUGCACGGCGACCUGGGCCCCGCGCCCGCCCCGCUUCACCCAGGUCACCGGCCCGCUGGGCGCCUUCCUGCUCUCGCUGGAGACCCAGACCUCCACCGGCUACGGCUCGCGGGGCGUGACCGAGGCGUGCCCGGCGGCCGUGCUGGCCGUGGGGCUGCAGUGCGUGGCCGGCUGCCCGCUGGACGCCUCCCUGCUGGGGGCCGCCGCGGCCAAGGUGGCCAGGCCCAAGAAGCGCAACCGGACGCUGCUUUUCAGCCGCUGCCUCAUAUGGCGCGUGGCCAACCUGCGCCGCAGCCAGCUGGUGGGGGCCCACGUCCGCGCCCGGCUGCUGCAGACCCGCGUGACCCCCGAGGGCGAGUUCCUGCCCCUGGACCAGCGGGACGUGGACGUGGGCUUCGACAGCGGCACUGACCGCCUCUUCCUGGUCUCGCCCCUCACCGUGGUGCACCAGAUCGACGACACCAGCCCCUUCUACGGGCUGGGGCUGGCCCAGCUGGCCCGGGCCGACUUCGAGCUGGUGGCCAUCCUGGAAGGCAUGGUGGAGGCCACGGCCAUGACCACGCAGCGCCGCACCUCCUACCUGCCCGGCGAGCUGCGCUGGGGCCACUGCUUCGCCCCCGUCCUGGCCCGUUCCUGCCGCGGGCGCUACCGGGUCGACUUCCACCACUUCCACCGCACCUCCCCGGUGCCCGGCACCCCCCGCUGCAGCGCCUGGGAGCUGGGGCAGGAGAGCCCCGGCCCCGGCCCAGCCGGCGCCCCCCACGCCUCCUUCUGCUACGUCAACGAGCUGGCCCUGCGCGAGCAGCAGCUGGAGGAGGAGGAGGAGGACGGGGCCACGGGCGGCCACGGGGCCACGGAGACGUGAUGGGACGGCCCGUGCGGGGAAGGGGGCUCCUAGGGCGCC